AUGGAUGUGAGGUUCUACCCCGCGGCGGCCGGGGACCCCGCCGGCCUGGACUUCGCGCAGUGCCUGGGGUACUACGGCUACAGCAAGUUUGGUGGCAACAGCAACUACAUGAACAUGGCUGAAGCUAACAACACGUUCUUUGCAGCCAGUGAGCAGACAUUCCAUACGCCAAGCCUUGGGGACGAGGAGUUUGAAAUCCCUCCCAUCACGCCUCCUCCGGAGUCAGACCCCACCCUGGGCAUGCCUGAUGUUCUGCUACCCUUUCAAGGCCUCAGCGACCCAUUGCCUUCCCAGGGAAGUGAAUUCACACCCCAGUUUCCACCUCAAAGCCUGGAUCUUCCUUCCAUUACAAUCUCAAGAAAUCUCGUGGAACAAGAUGGUGUGCUUCAUAGCAGUGGGUUGCAUAUGGACCAGAGCCACGCACAAGUGUCACAAUAUCGUCAGGAUCCCUCCCUGAUCAUGAGGUCGAUUGUCCACAUGACCGAUGCUGCUCGUUCUGGGAUCAUGCCUCCUGCCCAGCUCACCACCAUCAACCAAUCUCAGCUCAGUGCCCAGUUGGGCUUAAAUUUGGGAGGUGCCAGUAUGCCCCACACAUCGCCUUCACCUCCGGCAAGCAAAUCAGCAACUCCUUCCCCUUCCAGCUCCAUCAAUGAAGAGGAUGCCGACGAAUCCAACAGAGCCAUUGGAGAGAAAAGAGCUGCUCCAGAUUCUGGCAAGAAGCCCAAGACUCCAAAGAAAAAGAAAAAGAAAGAUCCCAACGAGCCCCAGAAGCCAGUGUCAGCAUAUGCCCUAUUUUUCAGAGACACACAGGCUGCAAUUAAAGGGCAGAACCCCAAUGCAACCUUUGGAGAGGUCUCCAAGAUCGUAGCAUCUAUGUGGGACAGCCUUGGAGAAGAACAAAAGCAGGUAUAUAAAAGGAAAACAGAAGCUGCCAAAAAAGAGUACCUGAAGGCCCUGGCGGCAUACAGGGCGAGCCUGGUUUCCAAGGCUGCCGCUGAGUCAGCAGAAGCCCAGACCAUCCGCUCUGUUCAGCAGACCCUGGCGUCGACCAGUCUGACAUCCUCCCUCCUUCUCAACACGCCGCUGUCUCAGCACGGGGCAGUGUCCACCUCACCUCAGACUCUGCAGCCGUCGCUCCCCAGGUCGAUCGCUCCCAAGCCCUUAACCAUGAGACUCCCCAUGAACCAGAUUGUCACCUCAGUCACCAUCGCAGCCAACAUGCCGUCGAACAUUGGCGCCCCGCUGCUGAGCUCCGCGGGGGCAGCCGUGGUCGGCUCGGCGGCCUCCGCCCAAGCGAGCCCUUCAGUGCAGAGCCAGCAGCAGCAGCAGCUCCAGCAGCAGAUGCAGCAGAUGCAGCAGCAGCACCUCCAGCAGCAGCAGCUGCACCAGCAGAUCCAGCAGCAGAUGCAGCAGCAGCAUUUCCAGCAGCACCUGCAGCAGCAGCAGCACCUCCAGCAGCAGAUCAGCCAGCAGCACUUGCUCCUGCAGCAGCUGCAGCACUUGCAGCAGCAGUCACAGCCGUCGCCGCGGCAGCACUCCCCCGUCGCCCCCCAGAUCGCCUCCCCCGUCGCCCCCCAGAUCGCCUCCCCCGUGCCCGUGCCCGUGCCCGUGCCCGUGCCCGUGCCCGCCUCUCAGCAGCACCAGUCGCCCAUACAGGCUCAGACACAGACUCAAGUGUUACCGCAGGUCAGUAUCUUCUGA